AUGAUCGGAACUGGCGCUUUCCAAAAAGGUGUCGAGACAGACUCUGCGAAUCAGCCCAUUUUGUACACUUCCAAUAACGAGCACAUCCAUCACAAGUAUGAGCAGAUACGUCUCAUAUUUGGCCAAGAAGACGGAGUUGGGACGUUGUACAUUACCACUUCGAGGAUAAUAUGGAUAAGCACUGAAGAUUCCUCAUUUUCCUAUGGAUUUACGUACCAAGGGAUCGUGCUACAUGCAAUUUCCAAGGACACAAAUCUUCACGAUAAGCCCUGCGUUUUUAUUCAGCUUGAUGGAGACUCGUCCGAUGAAGGAGAUAUUCCUACGGUAAUGCUGGUUCCACAUGACCCUGUGGAGCUUGAGGAGAUUUUUAAUGACAUUUCCACAAUGAGUAGCCUACAUGAUGUAGUUCCUUCUGAUAGUGAAGACGACUCUGAUGCGCAUUACGAAGGAGAUGAAGAAGCUGAAUAA